GGGUCCACACGAAAGUUAUUUUGCACAAUAAUAGUUUCCCUCAACACCAUCAUGUUAUUACAGCUCCUUGUGUGCGCGGCGGCCCUCGCUCCGCUUGCGUCAGCCUCGCCGGCGCCUCAGCAGACGUACGACGCCCUUGGAGUCCAGACCCUCGGGACGUCGACCGAUCAAACCCGGAACGAACUCCUGGACAUCGCCCUCGAACUCCUGCCGAACAUCACGGACAUCCUUCGCAACGUGACGGGCGGCCCAGGCGGCGCGAAGGACAUCAAACGUUUCCAGGAGAUUAUCGAGGUGUUCAUCCCGGUCAUGAGGAAGACCCUGGAGUUCCGCGCGGAGGACGAGGGGCGGCCGCUGGACCCCACCGACCUGCAGGCGCUGGACGACAUCGAGAUAGCGCUGUCGCUGUUCGGGUCCCUGGCGGAGAGCGGUUUCGGCCUGGGCGAGGCGGCGGACGACAUGGCGCUUCCCGACUACACCGACCUCUUCGUUGACAUUCCCGACGUCACCAUUCCGGAGGUGCGCAUACCGGAGGUCAAGAUCCCCGAGAUCGCAAUCCCGGAGAUUAACAUCCCGGGGCAGGACGCCAUCCCGGCCAGAGAAAUCUCCUUCGAGAGCAUCCCCGAAGUGAGGAUUCCGAGCCGCCGGAUUCCCGUGACCGCCAGACCCGCCGCAGCCAGGGCGACGACGAAGAAGGCCGAAGCAACGACCCGGAGACCCGCCACCACGACCGCCCAGCCGGCGACCCGGAGACCCGCCCCCAGCGCCGAGGCUCCCCCGUUUGACCCCUUCUCCUUCUUCAGGGUCCCCGUCCACCGCACGACGUCGGCCGGCGCUGCGCUCUUCGUUCGGGAGGAUCGAUCGGCCGGACGCGUCGCGGACCUGCACUACUACACGUUGCCCGGGGGAGGAUACGCCUACACGAACCACUUCGGAAGCCAAAGAGCGUAGCAUCGGUUGCAACUGCAUAUCAAGAUGAUUAUUGUAGCAUAGUCUUAUUCAUAUCUCCUUGCGUCCUGGUGGCGAUAAGCAUGUAAGAAUACCAUUUCAUGUUCUUCACUUGUUAUUGUCUUUGUCUAUAAAGACAACUAUUCUCUAUAAACAA